AUGUCUUCCCCGAAAUCCCGUGCCCAGUCUUCCUCUGUUCCAGUUCCUCCAGAUUAUAUUACCGAGACUGGAAUUGACAACCAUGCAAUAGAGAAUACUUUGGUGCUGGGGCCUCACUGGUUCGGUCAUGUCCCUCCUGAGAUGGCAGAACUGAUGAAGAAGGAUGCUGAAGCUCCUCUAUGUUUUGAGAAUACUUUUGUUCUGGCUCCUCAUUCUUGGGUUAGCAAGAAUUUGAGCCGGUCUUUCCCGUCUAGCGAGGUGAGGAAUAGUUCAGUGAAAUGGGUAGACUGGAUUGACAGACUCCUUCCAAGAUAUGGACCUCACUGGAAGCGGGCUGGUAUUUAUGACGCCAUACUUCUGUCCAAGAAAUCUGUCAACAGAGAUGAGAACCUGUUUGCUGCUACUCUGUGUUUCUGGAAUUCUGCCAGUAAUACUUUCGACUUUCGCAUAGGCCCCAUGGCUCCAACUCUGUUGGACAUGGCUAAGAUAUUUGGGUUUAGGCCCCAUGGGAGACCUAUUGAUGCUGUUGGUGAUUAUCACAGGAAGAAAAACCAGCAAAAGCUAGCCAAGCCAUUCACCAUCUCUCCAGCCCUGAUCAACCAGAAUUGCUCCUUCUCCAAUUAUCUCAGAAAAUUCAGUGCUAAGAAGGACAAGGACCAGCAGCAUAUGUUGUUCCUUCUGUAUUGGCUGAACAGGUUCAUUCUACCCAACCGCUCUACUGCAGUUCUGCUUGAGUAUAGACACCUAGCAGAAGCUUUGCACAACCACACUGAUGUCGGACUCGGGCCUUCAGUUCUGGCUCAUCUAUUCAAGAACCUGCAUACUGCUACCUUGGAGAAUCCGCUGAAUCUAUCUACUCCCGAUGCCUUCUGGAUGAUCCAAAUCUGGUUGCAGGUCUAUUUCCCUGAAUUGAGGUUCCCAGACAUAGUUCUGCCUGAGGAUCAGGUUCUGGCUCAGCCAUUGAUGUCGGCAGAAGUGCCCAAGCGUUAUAUUGAAGAAUACCUGAUGUUCUUUAGGCACUGUACGAAGAGAUCAGCAGCUCAAUGGCAAGUGGUGAUCAGGAGAACCUAUCCUUGGUUCCAGCCUGGAUACCCUCUGUUUGAGAAGGAGCCGGAAGAAGAAGCAGCCAGAAUUGAUUUAAGAAGUUCCUGA